UGGUGGCAGAAAGAAGGCGAUAGCUGAGCGAAAAAACCAAAAAGGCUCAGCUCCUGCUCUGCAGCACAAAUAUUUCUUCGCUGCUGUGUAACCCGAAGAACCUUUUUUCUUCUUCCUCCAACAAAUAAAAAGAAAAAACAGGAUUCAAUUUUUCAAAAAUGGGAUAUUAACUCAAAAACCUUAAAUUUUUUUAAUUCUCAACAAACAAUCCCAACAAAGUGACAAGAAAGUGAAACAAAUAAAGCAACACAAAUAAAAACCAAAAUCAUUCAGUUUUUCUUCUUCGUUUUGUAUAUACAGCUAAGUGAGUGGUGUUUGAAAUUGAAUUGAAAAGAAAAGCAAAAGUGAUUUUUAUUUCUUGCAAUUUGCUCAUCCAUCCAUCGUCGUCGUCGUCGUCUUCGUCGUCGUUGUCGUUCUCGUCGUCGUCGUCGUCCGAUAUUCCAAUUCCGAUUCCGAUACACAUACCUUACAGCUUAACAAAAAAGAAAAGAAGAAGAAAAAACAAAAAAGUCGCUUCUUAAAUUCCCUUUUAUUUUAUUUAUUUGUUAAUUUUUGUAUAGAUGAAUAAUAAUUAAUGAAAAGCUGAAGUGCAUCAAGAAAAUAAUUCCCAAAAGGAAAAAAAGAAAGAAAAAGGAGGAGGAAUCCUACGGCUUUCGAUUUUCUUUUGGAAAUUCAAAGAAAGAAAAAAAGUUUACAGGUUCUUCGGGGUUUUGAGAAAAAGAAAACUUCGAUUGAUUUGGUUCGGGAAUUUUGGGUUUGAUUUUUUAAUCGAAUUAAACAAAAUCAAAACUACACAAAAAUAAGAAAAAAAAAAGAAAUUUUAUAUCCAGAAAAAGAAAAUUCAAUAUUCAUCUAGUGCUGCUGGGAGUGAGAAGAAAAUCUGCGUGUCUCGUCGUGUAUAUAUUUUUAUAUGUUGAGUGAAAAAGGGAGUGUAUAGUAGAGUGUGGUUUGGACGUCUUGUGCAAAAGUCAAAGGCAACAACAAACAAAAUUAUUAAAUAAAAAGGAGAAUAGUUUAAAGGAAAAUAAAAUUUUCAUUUUCCAUAAUAUUGUUGUUAAUUUGUUAGUUUAGUUAGUUAUUUUUUUUGUUAUUUUAACGGAAAUCCUAUUUGAAAGAACUUUGGUUGCGGCUGAUGUCUUUAUGCUUUAAACAUGGUGAAACUGGUCGUGCUACGCUUCAAUAUUAGGAUAUUUGUGAUUACAAAUCAUGACAGAAGGACAUGAAAGCGACUUCUUAGUUAAAGUUCGAGCACAGGUAAUGACUAGAGACGAGAGCACAGAAGGUUGGUUACCACUUGCUGGGGGUGGUUUAGCUAACGUUUCAAUACGUAAACGUACUAGACUAUCCCCCGGCGCAGGUGGACAUGAAUAUAUAAUCUAUGGACAAAGAAUUUCGGAUCAGAAUGUUAUCCUUAGCUGUGUUAUAAAUCGUGAUUUAAAAUAUUUCAAAGUUAUGCCAACAUUUCAUCAUUGGCGCGCCGGUAAACAACGCAAUGGCUUAACAUUUCAAACUGCCGCUGAUGCGCGAGCUUUUGACAAGGGAAUUGUUCGAGCCUACAAUGAAUUGAUAGACGGAUUGGCUCAAUCAAAUCCAUCAAUUAUUUGGCCUCCAUUGAAAAAAUAUGAUUCAGUUGGUGAAGAUGAUGUAUUUAUGACUUUGGAAUUACCUAUUGAGGCUGAACAACAACAACAGACAAGUCCCGAGGGUAGCCAAAAAAGUCACAUUUCUCCUACAGGGAGCAGUGAACGAGAUAAAGACAGUGAAAAGGAAAAAGGCAGCAUUCAGUACAUAUCCAGUGAUAAGCUACCACCAUCUCCUCUACAAAAUCCAAAUGCAGAGCAGCCAUCAAUAGCACCAAGUGAAAACUAUUCCUACGUCACUUUAACCGCAGUACACGAUUACAAUUAUCCAGUUGUAGAUCAGCCAGCUGCGGCACAAGUGUUAAAUGCACGCCGUGAAUCCAUCUGCAAUCUAAAGAAACGCACCGGACUUGAUGGUUCCCCGGAUGGUACAACGGACACGAGCGGGUUUAAAGUACCAGUGAUGGGCAAUAAUAAUAGGGUGCGAUGUCGAUAUUGCCAUGAAUUGUAUUUGGACGAAUGUAACCGAAAGGGUGCAUGCGAAUUUGCCCCCGACAAUUUUAGAACGGGUUUUGAAUGUAUCUCCGGAAUGGGUUGUGCGCGAUGUAUGUUGUAUCAUUGCAUGAGUGAUGCUGAAGGCGAAACACCAUCCCAUCCAUGUGAAUGUGUGAAUGAAACUGGUUGCACAAAGAGAUGGAUUGGACUAACACUACUUUCCUUGGUUGUACCAUGCCUGUGGUGCUAUCCACCACUACGAGCUUGCCACUGGGUUGGCGUAUCCUGCGGCGUAUGUGGUGGAAAGCAUAAGCCGCAGGUCUGACAUUUGGAGGCUAGAUUACAACAGUUCGAUAACUUUUACUAUACAAACUAUCCGCAAGAAGGCCAUGAUCACCACCACAAACAACAAAAACAACUGCAAAAACAAUUAAAACAUCAGCAAAAACAACAACAACUACAACAACAUUAUCAACCAACAUCUGUUAGAGCGCAGCUGAAUGAUUAUGGCAGACUUGUGUUUUAAAGUUUAAAUGUUUACAAAAAAAAAGCAAAAUGCCCACUAAAAAAACAAUUUAACCGAAUUCAUUACGAAAACAAAUAAAGAAAAAAAAAAUAGAUAAGACCGAAAUAGGAAAACAAAAUUAAAAAUUGAAAAAUGAAAAAUUAAACAAGUUCUUUCACUUUCUGCUGAACAAAUCAAUACCAAAUGAGAAUAAAGUACAAUACUUUAAACUAUUUUUUUCUUAGUUAACAUUUUUAAUUUCAUCUUUACCUAACUCUCUUACAAUCUUUCUCUCUUCUCACUUUUACUCUCUCUCUUAAAAAGUAGAGUAGAUACCAAUUUUCUGUAUUAAAAUUGUUUGUUUCUUUAUCAUUUUCUUUUUAAAAUACGAAACUUAUAUUUUGUACGCAUAGUAAGACACACAAAUUUAAAAAAGAAACACACUUAAAAGCAACAAAUUAACACAUUGCACAAGUCCUUAUUUUAAAAUUUUGUAUAUGCAUUUUAUUUCAAUAAUUAUUAUACUAAGUUUAAUUUAUUGCAUAAAUUAUUUAACAAAACAACAACAAAACAAAAAAUAUUCCUUAAAGUACGUUUUUCUCUUUUAACUUUUUAAGACGCUAACUUGGUAUUAUGUAUUUGUAUGUUUUUCAUUUUAUUUAUAAUUUUACCAUAAUCAUACGAGUAAGCUUUAAAAACAAAAGAAAAAAAAAAACAAAAAUAACUCAAUAUUAUGAAAAUAAACAAAAAACCUGAAAGUUUUUAAUUUAUUUUGCUUUUUUACAUUUUUUAUUAUUUUAUAUAGAAAAUGAAAUCGAAUAAAAACAAAUAAAUUCGCUUACAGUAUUAAGAUUUAAACAAAACAAACAAAAAACAAUACCUACGUAAUGUACAAAACUUUUUUUUAUAUUUUCAAUUUUUUAGUAAAACAAAAAAACAAAAACAAAACAAACUUUAAAAAAAAAGAAUUAAAUUGAAAAUUAUGAGUUGUGAAGGCUUUCCUGGAAGUAUCAACAAAGACAGUCAUUUUGAAAUCUGGGGUUUAACAAUGAUUUUUAGUAUAACUAAGGGACAAAGUUUCUUCAAAUGCAAUGAAACUAUUUCUUAAAUUAAAAGAUAUUAAAUAAAAUGUUGUUAUUUCCAUGUUUAAAAGCCUUUAUAUCAAGUUUUCUUUGAAUGUUUGUUAAAUCAAAGCUUAUUUAAAUACAAACAAAAAUUGAAAGUUUUGAAAGAAACAAAAAAAACUAAAAACACAAUUGAAAUUAAUUCAUUAAUUCUAGAUGCUUGAAAAUAAAAAACAAUAAAUUUUGCUUCCUUCCACGGGCUCAAUGAAUUUCUAAAGUGAAUUUUUUCUGAAUUACAAAAAUUCUUAAAAAUACAUUUUAAAACUAUCAUUUUAUUGGAAGGAACGAAAAUUUUAGAAAUAUCCUUGUUAAAUUUAUUAAUUAAAUAAUUGAAUAUAUUUUAUAUUUGUCUGUUUAAACAAACAUUAUAGCAUCUGAAUGAAAUGAAUUUGUUUCUUUCAUGCAUUUUACAAUACACUGUUUGUCAUAUAAAUUAUUAAUAAAUAAUUGAAAAUUCUGACAAAUAUUGUAUUGUUGUGCAAUUUUGAAAUAUUAUAAAUAAAAUAUUAACUUUAUCAAUAAAUAUGCACCUUAGAUACAUAAAUUAAAUUAAAAGAAUAUAAAAUAAAUUAAUUAAAUUAUAUUUAAACUUUAUUCAUAGGUAAAUAUUUAAUGUCAUACUUAGAACUAUGUGGAAAAUGAAAAAAAAAAAACAAAAUAAAAACGAAGCAUUAUUCGUUUUACGUGUAUAUGUAAAAACUAUAUAUAUAUUGCUGUUUAUUAAAAUAUAAAAUUUUAUGGUUGUGUAACUAUUCACAAAAUAAAAUAUCCUAAAAUUAACAACAUUCAACAUGCGAUGGAAAAUAUAUUUCCCCUAAAUAUUUUCUUAUAACUCAUUCAAGUGAGAUUCCUGCAGAGUUAAAAUUAUGCGAUUGCAAA